AUGAGAUUGAUAAAGAUAUACCUUCGAUACUAUCCACCUGGCAUUGCGCUGAACUACCAGAAGAAAGGUAUCGAAGGGACCAAAAUGAUAGAUCUGUUUGAUCUUACACCAAGCUGUGAUCUCCAAGUGCUAACGAAGCAAAUUGCCUCCACCGAACCACUCAUUACGCAAGAAGUGUUCCCCCAGGUGACGGAAAUAUUGGAAAAGCUGCAGAAAAAGCUCAAAGAACCGGUCAAGACCAAGUUUUACCUGUUCAAAACGCUGCAAACGCACAUCCUGCCACUGACGAAUGUGUGCUUCGACAAAUCGGGCAAAAAAUGCAUUACCGGAUCUUACGACCGAACCUGUCGCAUCUGGAACGUGGAAAGCGGUGACGAAGAGAAGGUCCUUAAAGGGCAUGAAAAUGUCGUCUUCUCUGUAGCCUACAACUAUCCCCGAUGCGACCGGAUACUUACAGGAUCAUUUGACAAAACUGCCAAGAUAUGGAACCCCGUCUCGGGCAACUGUAUCAACACACUCUGGGGUCAUACGGCCGAAAUUGUGGGCGCAGAGUUCAAUCCCCACCAGUGUGAGCUGGUAGCAACGUGCAGCAUGGACAAUACGGCCCGCGUGUUUCACUCGGAAACGGGCCAGGAGAUACAUCUGUUUGCGGAUCAUUCGGCGGAAGUUAUCUCGGCCCGGUUCAACAAGGAGGGCAGUCUGCUGCUCACCGCCUCGUUCGACGAAACGGCCACCGUGUGGGAUAUGCGAGCUAAAGAGCACGCCAUCGUUAUCCGUGGACAUGAGGCCGAACUAAGUAACGCUGUCUGGAACUUCCAGUGCAAUCUGAUCGCUACCAGCUCCCUUGACCGGACGGCCAAGAUAUGGGAUCUGCGUCGGUUGGAUGAACCACAAGCCACGGCCACCCACAAGGAUGAAGUGCUGGACGUUGCGUUCAACUGUACCGGCACACGGUUAGCGACGGGCAGUGCCGACUGUACCGCCAAGGUGUGGGAUGUUACGGGCAACUUCGAGCUCGUUACGAUCAUGGCCGGCCAUUCGGACGAAGUGUCUAAGGUGACGUUCAGCCCACCGGGUGGACUGCUGCUGACGGCAUCGGCCGACAAAACGGCCCGCAUUUGGAAUUCGGGCACCGGUACCUGCACCCAGACACUGUCCGGGCACGAUGGGGAAGUGUUUUCCUGCUCGUUCAACUACUCCGGCGACGCCAUCAUUACCGCGUCGAAGGACAACACGUGUAAGAUAUGGAGAUGAUACGACUGGUUCUCCGGGCAGGCCUUUAAAGUAUGUAACUGUAUGAACGUUAUUUCCAAUUUCAAGCAUCUCAAACUCUAGCCUCUCGCCAUUAGCCUCCCCUUGUUUUAUUUAGCGCUCUUUUCCAUAACCAUAGGUACCAUAGACUUAGUAGGAUUGUGAUCUUCAUGAUCUUCCUCAUCUUAAAACGUUCCUUACUAGUACAUCUUCAGAUCUGUUCGCUCCCAGUGAAUAGAUUCCAUCGUUUGCUCAACCUUUAGUAGCCCCUUAGUAACACACCUUAGUAACUCGCGUAGUAACAAAUGAAUGCCAUCGCUAUACAACAGCAUCAAAGUAACCCAAAACUUCCUUUAAAGAUCAAGUGAUCUUCAUUUGAUCUCCCAAUCGUUGUAUCCCAUCGUAUCACAAAUCUGAUUGGUGCAUUAGUGCUAGAGUGGAGCUCCCGUAGCAAUGGAAUGACAAAAAGGAAUGAAAAUAACUGCCACAACAUUAGAGACAUCCAACUGCCAUAAAGGAACGUGUGUCAAGUAGUAGUGCUAUUAUAGUCCAAGUGCCUAUACACAUCUAGCUCAUCUAGGUGCUAAUUGUGAUGUAAUGCUGCAAUAAAAAACACAACAACAACAUAACACUAACAUUUUUGCUCAUCUUUCGUAGAACUUUACCUACAUUUUAUCUUAUUCAUUAUUCAUUUCUACUACUAUUCCUACCCUUCGUACAUCGUACUGUCGUACCUUUUUUUUCAUUUGCUGCAUGUUGCUUACUUCCUUUUCGCUCUACUCUACCUCUGCUUGUUCUUUUCCUUCACUAAUUAUUACUACUGCUACUACUUCUGCCACUACUACUUCGGGUUCGGUUGCAUUAAGGGUCAGCCUAAGAAGCAGCGGCAGAGGUACAGUGUGGCAUAUAGCAACCGGGAGGCCGAACACUGGACCAAGUUUUUGCUGCGCAGCUGAACGCUUGAUGCUCGCGGCGAGCGGAUAGUAUUAAAAAGGGCGGAAUUUACGCGAAAGGGAAUUCCGUGCCCCUUACGCGAACCGUAUUAUGGCAUAUGAAUUAUUACAUUGAUUAUUUGCUAAACUGUAACCGAUUUUGCAUUUACUGAUGGUAGAUAUAGCAUCAAGCUAUUGCUACGGAGAACUUAGUUUUUUGCUGUUAAAAUAAUAAAUUUAACCUAAAAACAGGAUAAUGCAAAUAAUUAGAAACGACAAAUGUUCGCGUGUAGCUUGCACCAAACCCCAGAGUAAUUGUGUGGAUGAUUUGAGUCCACUUGCCAUGAUAUUGAAAGUAAUAAUUCAGUUUUUCUAAAAGCUUCUUGACUAAGGGAAUUCUCAAUCGGCGUUCAAAGUUGUGUAAAUAUGUCUGGCAAAUUAUGAGGAUCUUCUUCUACUACGAUGUGCACAAAUAAGUAAUUGAGUUUUAACAACUGAUUGGCUUCGUUCCAUUGAGUCCAUAUUAUUCAAAUUCAAGUGUUAGUUAUUUUACAAUUAUGUCUUUAAAAUUUUUAAAACCAAUAACUUAUUAUUAGAAGAAUUUUACUGCACAAUAGUGCCGCUAAACGAACAGCUGUUUUCGAAUGUUUUGUGCAAUGUUAACUUAACACAAAAUGGGUUGAAAGAGUAUCAAAGCAAUUAUUUAUAAAUAUUGCACAUAAAAUCAGAAUCAGUUUUAAAUUAAUGAAUUAGACCAAAAAUUGUAGAAAUAAUGCGUGAUGGUCAAUAAAUAAUCGGAGUAGAGCACAAACAUGAUUUUCCAAAAUUUGUUUUCAUUACACAAUACAUUCGAAACAGAUGCCAAUGCCAAAAAGUUGACGACAUUGAAGAUAGUUGCUUGUAGCAUACACCAUUUUCUCUUAACUUAAUCAUAUGAUUUUCUAUCCUCUUCUCAUGAUUUUUUUCUUUAUUAAGAGGAACGCCAUUGCAACCCCAAAAAGCAGACCACCAUCAAUCGCACUCAGUCGUCAGCCAAGAUUUAUUAAAACAUUCCUCGUACUAUUCCAUCCAUUUGCCCUUCCUCCCCACUGCGGAAUCACAGGUCGACGUGGUACAAUUCAUACAGCCAAUAUACGCAAAACCGUCUCACGUCGGGAAAGGCAAUGAAAAGCAUUAGUAAAAAUCAAAAAAUAAAGACCAAAGCAAAACAAGCAAACUGCCACCAUACACAAGACACCACCACCACACAUGCCAUAUAUGCCAUAUACUCUGCGUCAAUGAAUCGCAAUUCGCUCGAAAUGAACAAUUUCACACCGGAAUGUGAGUAUAAUGCCAUAAUUUAAUGCCGUCUAUCGCCAUUGAUCACUUAAUCACGAUCAUACACAAAAGCAUAAAAAGUAUAAAAAGCAUAAAAAGUAUAAAAAAGCAUACAAAGCAACAACAAGAACCGAAAGGGAAACCGCAUCAAGGCAUUUGCGCGUACAUUACAGUACGUUCCUUGCAAUAAAAUGCAUUAAAACGUGAACGCCACGGUUGAACUUAGCCACAACUCAUGUCAUACCCAUCCGUAAGCAUUGCCACCUCCUCCCAAAACUAAAUCUUCCUAUCAAAAAGCCCCAUUUUACCGCAACAUAACAAUCGCUUGCAGUAACGCGUAUCUUUGCAUUUUGAUCACCUAUUCUCUAUAUUGGCGCACCACCAGAGGAGUUUGUUGAUUUCCCUUUUUUUCACUCGGUUUCGACACGUUUGCCACAAUGUGGAACACAAUGUGGAACACGAAUGUUGCAAGUCGAACUUAGUUGAUGAUUUAAUAUGCUUGCUCUUUGGCACUUCACCAUCACGAUCAUACCACUAUUAGUCACAUGGCGGGACAACGUGCAACGAGCGCGCACAACGGGAACGCAAGACCGUUGCGCGUACGCGAAAGAAGCAUUUGUAAUCGCACUCUACAACUCUUUGCAGAUACUACUGCGUCAAAAGUGUAUUAAAAUACUGGACUAGCCUUCGGAGUGGCCCAGGAGAUGGGUGUGAACACGUUUCCCUGGGCAUACAGUGGGAGAGCAUACAUCGUCGUAUCGUCGCUCGUGUCUUUCGGUUUAUUUUUUGUAAAUAAUCAUUGAAGGUAGUGAUUAGUGAAUUGUUCUUUAGUGUUUAGAGUUACAAUCAUAACGUUGAAUCAUAGAAUCGAAUAUGAACUUACGAGUUGAUAGAGCAAGGCACAGCUGUUAGAGUACCGUUUUAAAGAGUGUUAUGUUUUUAUUUAACUGUUAUAGUCUAAACAUGCAACAGAUAAGCGUACAGUGAUAGUAUUUAAAUAGGAUGGGUAACGUAUUAGAAUAGGAUUAGUAUGUAACCGUUUACCGAUUGCGAUUUUCCUCUAUGAUAUUUAUAAAGAAGAAAGCUUUUUAAAAGUUGAAACGUUAGAUGCAGACAUAGACGAAUAAAGCCCCAUUUUAGGAACGCGUGUCUUUUGAGCCUCUUUUUCA